GAUGUUCGCUGAGAACUGGAUAUAAAUACAGUCGAUAUCUUGCAAGACGACAGACAGAUACACCUCGUUCAAAAUGAAAUUCUUCGUAGUUUCCGUUCUUGUCGCCGUGGCCUGUGCCGACCGGCUGUACGAGGCCCCAGCUCGGGAUGACUCCGACGAGAUCGCCAUCCUGAGGGACGACCGCGUGAUCGAGGACGACGGAAGGUACAACUUCGACAUGGAGACUGCCAACGGCAUCGUCUUUUCCGAGUCUGGCUCUCCUGUAGGAGAAGAUGGAGCUAUUCACAGUUCCGGAUCCUUCUCGUACACCGCUCCUGACGGCAGCGACAUCCACCUUCAGUACGUAGCUGACGAGAACGGAUUCCAGCCACAGGGUGACCACCUGCCCGUGGCUCCCGAGUUCCCCCACCCGAUCCCUCAGUUCGUCCUCGACCAGAUCGCCUUCGCCGCCGAGGAGGACGCCCGCCAGGCCGCGAGAGGUCUCCCGCUCCUAUGGUGCUCCUCGUGAUGACUGAAUAUAUUAAGUGAAUGUCUCUUUCUACCGCUGAUUUUCUACUGUUUAUAAUUACAUUAUAAACUGACACAUAAUACCAUCUGCAAUUGCAGAGAAAGUCUCUUUUAUAGCUGUACAAAUAAACAUGUUAUCA